AUGAAGUCUUCCCUUGACGUAUGUGAUGACAAGAUCGAGAAAGAACAUUGUAAAAGCCAUGCUCCAUGGGGAGCUGAUCGAUGCGGAAUAUUCUCUUUUAUCAAUGGAUCUGGCGUUCGGGUUUACGGAAAAAGCUGUGUCUACCAGAGUUUUUGUGAUGAUAAAGAUUUUUUUUGCCGGAGUGUCUCUUCAAAGUUGGGAGAUGCUAAAGAAUGCCAGAUCCUAUGCUGCACUGAAGAAUUCUGCAAUUACAACAACACUGCUUACACACAGAAAUUUAACACCGGUGACGACAAGGAUGAUGACGAAGACUCUGAAGUCUGCGAUUGGGUUGAUGCGAGUGGUGCCUUGGGAGUCAGCGGGUUCCUUACUGCAAUAUGCGCAGCUUAUGCAAUACUUAUGAUCAAAUUGCUUAUCUAA